AUGCGCCGUGUGAGGAGAAGGGAGGCGACUCGGACGCUACGGAACGACGACCCGCGCGGCGAAAGGCGUUGGGAGAGUGCGUUUCGCGUUGAGAUCCAUGAGUUCUCGGGUGGGUUGGACGCAGCAGAGUUUCUGGAUUGGCUUGCAUCGGUCGAGGCGGUUUUGGAAUACAAGGACGUCCCAGACGACCAUCGGGUUGGGAUUUGGCAGCACCUCGAGGACGAGAGGCGUCUGCUGGGAAAACCUAAAAUCGCAACAUGGGCAGUCGCAGCACCUCGACUGGGAAGCACGGCGGUCAGAAUUGGCUCAGCUUCGGCUGGGAUGGAGGGGUCGUGCGCCGGUGGUGGGCCUCGAUGUUUUUUGUGCAGUGAGACCAGUCACCGUCAGUCUGUCUGUCCCCGCCGCAAUGGCUCUCGGGCUCUACUGACAGAUGACUUCAACGGCUCAGCAGAGGCUACUUAUGAUGGACCGCCAAAGUUUGAUGUCGAGCCCGACCCGGAAGAGGAGCAUCUGUGUGGCGACGAGGGCCUAGCUUUGGUUCUUCGCCGCUCGUGUUUGGCACCUCGAGUUUUUGACACUACGGAGUCUUUAAAGCGUCACCAUAUUUUUGAAUCGAUGUGUACGGUAAGUGGCCGUGUCUGUCGUUUUAUUAUUGACUCUGGUUCUUGUGAAAAUGUGGUUGCCCAGGAUGCGGUGGAACGCCUUCAUUUAUCAACGGUACCGCACCCUCAGCCGUACACUUUGGCGUGGAUACAGCAAGGUAACGCCAUCACGGUGGAUUGUCGGGUGUUGGUCCAAUUUUUCAUCGGGUCCAAGUAUCGUGACUCAGUGUGGUGUGAUGUGGUGCCCAUGGACGCGUGUUAUCUCUUAUUAGGUCGUCCAUGGCAAUUCGAUCGCGCGGUGGCUUUCGACGGUCAUCUCAACACAUACAGCUUCAUGUUUGAGGGAGUUCGGUUGGUCCUUCAUCCUUCACCUCCUCGUCCCUUGCCUCCGCCGCUGCCACCACAGGAGGCACCGUGUGUCGUGCUUCGUUUAGGUACGGAUAUGUUGACCCCAACGGUCCCGCCGGCUGUUAUCCAACCUUUGCUUGAUGAACUUUCUGAUGUCUUUCCUGCCGAGCUACCUUCUGGUCUUCCUCUGCUUCGGGACAUUCAACAUCAUAUCGAUUUAGUCCCCGGUGCUUCUCUGCCUACCCAUUUAGUGCCUUACCUUGGUGAUAACUCGGACGGUGACGAGAUCGAUCCGGAUUCGAGGGCGAAUCCUUCUCAACCGGGGGAGGAUGAUGGAGACGAGAUCGCGAUGGCAUAUAUAGAAAAAUAUGAUCGUUUACCAUCUUUAGUUUAG